CUAAAAAUCUCACCAUUAAAAGACUGCAGAAGAAAAUAUAAAAAGAGAGAAAGAAAGAAAAAACGAAAUGAAACUGAAACACGACAAGGAUGAUGUAAAGAUACAAAAGGGUGUUUAAAGGGAGGAAAGAAAAAUAUCUUUUUUUUGUGAGUUGGGUUUGUUAGAUUUUAUCCUCUUUGUUUCAAAAAAACCGGAAUCGAUGGCGGAGAAGAAAGAAGAAGAAGAAGAACAACAACAACCUUCGACGUUAAAAUCAUCCACCGGAGCUUCACGGCCAACGAUUUCACUUCCUCCUCGGCCGUUUGGAGAAAUGUUUUUUAGCGGUGGCGUUGGAUUUAGUCCUGGUCCUAUGACUCUCGUCUCCAAUUUGUUCUCUGAUCCUGACGAAUUCAAAUCUUUCUCUCAGCUUCUAGCUGGAGCUAUGGCUUCUCCGGCGGCUGCUGUUGCUGCUGCCGCCGUCGCCGUUACCGUUCAUCAGACACCUGUGAGCUCUGUCGGUGGCGGCGAUGGCGGUGGAAGCGGCGGUGGUGAUGUUGACCCGAGGUUCAAACAGAACAGACCAACGGGAUUGAUGAUUACUCAGCCACCGGCGAUGUUUACUGUGCCGCCGGGAUUAAGUCCGGCGACGCUUCUGGAUUCUCCGAGCUUCUUUGGUCUUUUUUCACCCAUUCAGGGAUCAUUUGGUAUGACACACCAACAAGCUUUAGCACAAGUCACUGCACAAGCUGUGCAAGGCAAUAAUGUCCAAAUGCAAUCCCAAUCCGAAUAUCCUUCCUCUACACAACAACAACAAACUUCAAUGACUGAGCUUCCUUCGUUUUCUUCUGGACCUCGGUCACAGAUUCCAGCUCCGGUUCAAGACUCGUCGCAGGUUCAGAGAGAAACCUCGGAAACAUCCGUCUAUGAGCAUCGGUCACAGCCUCAAAAUGCUGACAAACCAGCUGAUGAUGGAUACAACUGGCGGAAAUACGGACAGAAGCAAGUGAAAGGAAGCGACUAUCCUCGGAGUUAUUACAAAUGUACGCAUCCCGCAUGUCCUGUCAAGAAGAAAGUCGAGAGGUCUCUCAAUGGACAAGUAACAGAAAUCAUAUACAAGGGUCAACACAAUCAUGAGCCUCCUCAAAACAACAAGCGCGGUAACAAUAACGGGAGUUCUAAAGGCUCUGAUAUUGCAACUCAGUUUCAAAGCAGUAACAGCAGUCUCAACAAGAGCAAGAGAGACCCGGAAACAAGCCAGGUUACAACAAUAGAGCAGAUAUCUGAAGCAAGUGAUAGCGAGGAGGUUGGUAAUGCAGAAACUAGUGUGGGAGGAAAACAGGAAGAUGAGCCUGAUCCCAAGAGAAGAAAUACAGAAGUCCGGGUUUCAGAACCAGUUUCUUCAUCACAUAGAACUGUGACAGAGCCUAGAAUUAUUGUCCAAACGACGAGUGAAGUUGAUCUCUUAGAUGAUGGAUAUAGAUGGCGCAAGUAUGGCCAGAAAGUAGUCAAAGGGAAUCCUUAUCCGAGGAGCUACUAUAAGUGUACAACGCCUGGAUGCGGAGUGAGGAAACAUGUAGAAAGAGCAGCAAAUGACCCGAAAGCUGUUGUAACAACAUAUGAAGGAAAGCAUAACCACGACGUUCCAGCUGCUAGAACCAGUAGCCAUCAGUUAAAACCAAACAACGAUUUACACAACACCUCCACGGUUAACUCGAACCAACAACAACAGCCAAUUGCUCGUUUAAGGCUUAAAGAAGAGCGAAUCACUUGAGAGAGAAGAUGAGAUUUGUGAGUUUGAUCAUCUCUUUUUGUCUUUAAUGAACCUAUUGUGUUUCAUGUUUACCAAAUUCCCACAGAUUUCUAUGGACAGAAAGUCUAAUAUAUCACAGUUUCAGAAGGUAUGUUUUCUUCCAUGCUGAAAUCUUUUGUUUAAACUUAAGAAGCUUUAGGAUGUAAUGUAAAAAACAGAUUCAAGAUUCUGGUCUUAUGUCAAUUCUUUUGUACAUGGAGAAAGACAAAAUUACAUUAUCUUUUUGUUCUUCUGAUAAUAGGUUACAUUUUGGGGGUGAAACUUCUUCUUGUAAUAAUAAUGUUUGUAUGGAAGAUUUCACAAUUCUGAAUAAAACUUUGAUUCUGACUAA